AUGGAUGCCUUAAAGGAGAAGUUAACCAGCAAUAUCGAAAUCAAUCCCUGUCGUGGUGAAGUCUAUCGGGUGGAAAUAACCGACGCCCAAGGCUACGAACAAAAAGGAGAUGAGGAUGGUAAACGUUUGGCAGUAGUAGUUUCUAAUAAUCAGCAAAACUCCAAAAAAAAUGUGGUUGUUAUCGUUCCCCUUUCCAGCAAAGUCAAGAAAAUUUAUCCUUUUCAGGUGGCUACUUUUUUCCAAAGCAAGCCUGGCAAAGCCAAAUGCGAGCAAGUAAGAGCGAUUACUAUUGAACGAUUUGAGGAGAAACUGGGUGAAUUAACUGAAAAAGAAAUGAAUGAGAUUGAGGAGAAAUUAGUUUUUGUUUUGCAUUUGGAAAAAGGAAAAAACGACAAUCAUUCCUCAACUUCACCAAAGUCAAAUAAUAAAAAUAACCAAAUUAGUGAUAACGAAAAAUCCCAACUCCGUCAAUAUUUAAUCAAAAAUGGCAUCAGCAAAAUUAGUUUAGAGAAUGGUAAAUUAGUAAUUGAGUAUAGUGAAAAUAAUAAAAAAACUAUAACCGAUGAAGACCGAGAAUUAAAAAGUUAUCGCCAAAUUAUUGAAAAAUUGCCUAAUCAAUCCCUUUCUCUAACUGAAUUACAAAAAAAUAACACUACUAAUCCUUCUACUCCAGACAAAAAUAAUACUGGAAUUUUUGUUGCUAGCCAAAAAGAAAACGAACAAUUACAAAAAACUACUAUUCCUUCGCUGCUGAAUAUCACUCGUUCUUGGUAUUUUUUGGAUUUAAAAAAUAAAAUAGUUGCUAGCGAAAAAGAAGACGAACAAUUACAAGGAACUACUAUUCCUUCGCUGCUGAAUAUCACUCGUUCUUGGUAUUUUUUGGAUUUAAAAAAUAAAAUAGUGGGCAAAGAAGCCACGGGGAAAAUUGUUGACUUGCUGCGUGGUAAAAAUCGAAGGGAUUUUACCCCUAAUUCAGACUUAGGGAAUUAUGUCGUGCUAGUAAAUGCUAAGCAUAUGAGUUUUACUGGUAAUAAAUUAGACAAAAAAAAUUAUUAUAACCAUUCUGGCUAUCCGGGUGGACUACGCACAAGAAGUGCUCGCUUAAUGUUAGAAUCAUAUCCCACCGAGUUAGCUUUUCGGAUUAUUAGAGGAGAAAUUAACCGAAUAGAAAUAAUAAAUGAUGGAGUGAGACAUAAUAAUGAAAAGUCCACGGGGAAAAACUAUCAAAAAUACCAACAAUUUGCUCCGGAUGAAAGUCAAACUGAUGCUUGGUCAAGCGGUCAAAUAGUAGACAUGUGGAGAGGUAUCUAUCUUGAUUCGUUUGAAUUAGUAGAAAUAAUUGAGGAUUAUAAUAAGGGAGGAGAUAACAAACUUAUUCUAAAAAUUAAGGAAAGAAAAAUAACUACUUCUGGCUUUUCUCCAACCAUUAAUUAUUUACUAAUUAAUUUUGGAACCACUGGUGCUGGAAUGCAUGAGUAUGCGACUGAAUUGCAGGUGGGAAAAAAGUAUCAUUUUAAUGGAGAUAAUUUGGAAAAUACUAAAAUUUUAAUUGGUAAGCAAUUAGAUUUAAAUAACUCAGUCGACAAAAUUCCGGAAAUCCGAGUUUUCAAUGAAGAGGGGGAAAUAAUUACUCAUGGACCAAUAGUGCCAACAAAUGGUUCUAAACCACCUACUAACAACCAAAAACCCACUAACUCCAAAUUAGCCAACUUAAAAAUCAUUUUCCAAAAAUUAGAUAUUAAAAAGAUUAUUUUUGAAAAUGGUAAGUUAACCAUUGAGUUUAAUAAUCAGCAAACUAAUUCAGUAGAGACAAUAACUGACAAUCAAGAAUACUCAGCAAUUAAAAAAUAUUGUCAGGAACACAAUAAAAAAGAACUCACUAGUCAUGAAUUAACCAUUACUGCAACUAGUUCCAAUAACUCCACUCCAAAUAACAAUAACCACCAGUUGUUAAUUGGAAGACGCAAAGAAGCGACUGCCCGUGUCUAUUUAAAAGAAGGCAAGGGGCAAGCCCAAAUCCGAACCAACGACGGAAAAGAAAAAGAUUUAAAAGAUUAUUUUUAUAUGGAACCUUCUUUAUGUGAAGAUAUUUAUCAACCGCUUAAAUUAUUCAGCAAGGAAAAUGCUUUUGAUUUUUUUGUCCGAGUAAAAGGCAGCGGUUUUCAUAGUCAAGCCAAAGCCAUUAGGUUAGGGGUGGCACGAGCUUUAUUAAAUAUUUCCCCCGAAUAUAAAAUAACUCUGAAAAGUUUUUCGCUACUAACGCGGGAUGCUCGCCGAGUAGAAAGAAAAAAAGUUGGUUUCAAAAAGGCUCGCAAAAAAACUCAAUUCUCCAAACAAAAAGAUUUAAAAGAUUAUUUUUAUAUGGAACCUUCUUUAUGUGAAGAUAUUUAUCAACCGCUUAAAUUAUUCAGCAAGGAAAAUGCUUAUGAUUUUUUUGUCCGAGUAAAAGGCAGCGGUUUUCAUAGUCAAGCCAAAGCCAUUAGGUUAGGGGUGGCACGAGCUUUAUUAAAAAUUUCCCCCGAAUAUAAAAUAACUCUGAAAAGUUUUUCGCUACUAACGCGGGAUGCUCGCCGAGUAGAAAGAAAAAAACAUCGGAAAGAUAGGCAAGAUAGUGCUCGUAGUCAACUUUUUCUGAAAGUGCGAAGAAAAAUUGAAAAUAUUAUCAGAGAAGAGCACGAAGUUAACGAAAAAUCUUUAAGCAUUGCUCGCGAAAAUAAGUUUCCCAAAGAAAAAGUUUAUCAGAUUUGA